UUCACGGCCCGCAGGGAAGGCCUCAGACUGCGCACUGAUUGGCCGCGUGCUAAGGCUGGCUUUGCCUUCCGUCUUCUCUGCUUCUCCGCAGAAGCCUCUGGGCUCGCUUCUCGGACUUUCACCCAUCUAGAAGCGGAGCCGCCGCGUACUUGUGAUGCCGCGUGGAAGCCGAAGCCGUACUUCACGCAUGGCCCCUCCAGCCAGCCGGGCCCCUCAGAUGAGAGCUGUCCCCCGGCCAGCACCGGCAGCUCAGCCACCAGCGGCAGUCCCACCCUCUGCGGUUGGCUCACCUGCUGCUGCGCCCCGGCAGCCGGGUCUCAUGGCCCAGAUGGCAACCACUGCAGCUGGCGUGGCUGUGGGCUCUGCUGUUGGGCACACGCUGGGUCAUGCCAUCACUGGGGGCUUUGGUGGAGGGAGCAGUGCUGAGCCCGCAAGGCCCGACAUCACUUACCAGGAGCCACAGGGAGCUCAGCCAGCAUACCAGCAGCAGGAGCAGUUUGGCCCUUGCCACUAUGAGAUGAAACAGUUUUUGGAGUGUGCCCAGAAUCAGAGUGACCUUAAGCUUUGUGAGGGUUUCAGCGAGGUGCUGAAGCAGUGCAAAUUUGCAAAUGGAUUAGCCUAAUCAAGAAGUUGAAAAUGAAGAAAUGGAAAAUCUGUGCUCAUGACCAAGUUAAUUUAGAGUAAAACAAUAAUUGAUAGUGAAAGUAUAAAGUGUAAAACCACCAGUUAAACCUCUUCUCUAUUAUUAAUAGCUUCCUUGCUUCAGAAUCACAAAGGAAGAGGGUAUUAUUAUUAUAUAGAAGUUCAUUGAGAUGAUGUAGAGUUUGGGCUGUACAGUUGGUUGUGUGGCCUCUUUAAACCAGCUGCUGUGAUAUUAUUAUCUGUGAACUAAUUAAAAUAAAGUGAUUUUCUUCCAA